UGCUUCUCUCUUCUUUCCCUCCAACUCUUCCUUUCUUUCAGUUCAAGAUUCUGGGCAACCGCCUCUUUUAGGUUCCAUUGUGUGUGUUUUGUUUUCUGUUCCAAACUGCAUUUGGCAAUGUGCCAUAUGAGCAAGAGCGGUGGAAGCAUGAAGGUGGUGUGGAUGGUUGUGUUUAUGGGGUUGGUGAUUGUGAAAUGGGUGGAAGGUUUCGACAAUGCUAAUGUCACAGACAUGCAAUAUGUAAGUGGAAGAGGUUUCUACAGACCUUUGAUGGUUGGUCUUACUCUUAUUAAUGCUGCUGCUGCUAAAGGAGCUGUUUGCCUGGAUGGAUCUUUACCAGGUUACCAUUUCCACCGUGGAUACGGUUCAGGAUCAAACAGUUGGCUCAUACAGUUGGAGGGAGGAGGCUGGUGUGGAACUGUCAGAAAUUGUAUAUACAGUAAAAAAACACGUCAUGGUUCAUCAUUAUUUAUGGAAAAACAAAUACCAUUUAUUGGGAUAUUGAGCAACAAAGCUGAGGAAAAUCCAGAUUUUUUCAAUUGGAAUAGAAUAAAAAUCCGUUAUUGUGACGGUGCAUCAUUUAGUGGCAACAGUCAAAAUGCGGCAGCAGGGUUGUAUUUCAGAGGGCAACGCAUAUGGCAAGCUGCCAUGGAAGAUUUAAUGUCAAAAGGGAUGCGCUAUGCCAGACAGGCUCUUCUAUCUGGAUGUUCUGCUGGAGGUUUAGCUUCUAUUAUACAUUGUGAUGAAUUUCGAGAAUUGUUUCCUGGAACCACAAGAGUAAAGUGCUUAAGUGAUGCUGGAUUAUUCCUUGAUACUGUUGAUGUAUCUGGCCGUCGCAGUUUAAGGAAUUUGUUUGGAAGUGUGGUUAGCUUACAGGGAGUGCAAAAGAGCCUUCCAAGGAGUUGUACCAGUCGCCUCAAUCCAAUUCUGUGCUAUUUCCCUCAGCACCUAAUUGCCAGUGUUAGGACACCACUGUUUCUUCUCAAUGCAGCUUAUGAUACCUGGCAGAUUCAAGCCAGUCUUGCUCCACCAUCUGCUGACUAUCGUUGGAACUGGAUUGAAUGCAGAAAAAAUUAUGCACGCUGCAGUGCACCGCAGAUACAAUAUCUACAGGGUUUUCGAAAUCAGAUGCUUAGAGCUACAAGAGGCUUCUCAAGGUCUCGGAAAAACGGCUUAUUCAUAAAUUCAUGUUUUGCUCAUUGCCAAUCAGAGAGACAGGAUACAUGGUUUGCUCGUGAUUCUCCUCAUAUUGGAAAUAGAGGCAUUGCAGAGUCUGUGGGGAACUGGUUUUUUGACCGAGUCAGUGUCCAAGCAAUUGGUUGCCCUUACCCCUGUGACAAAACCUGCCAUAAUUUGGUUUUCAAGUGAUAGAUUGCUGAAGCAUCAUUCUUUCAAUAAUUUUCUUCUGCUCUUCUUACAUUGCAAAUGCACCAUUGGGAUCUGCAAAGGGAAAAAGCAU